UCUUUAGGGAAGGUCUGAUGCUCCAGGGUACAGCAGAAUACGGACAGUUCGGUUACACCUUGGCCGCCGGUGACCUGGACAAUGACGGUCACGCAGAUUUGGUGGUUGGCGCUCCGUGGGAGGCGUCCGGUGCCGUUUACGUCUUUUACGGUCAGCCUGAGUUCGGGACUAAAGGAGGAUUUACUCCGAUAACCCAACGAAUCGCAUCUUCGGACUUCAAAGGCUUUCCUCUCAUCCAGGGUUUCGGAUUCUCGCUUGCGAUUCCUGUCGACGUCGAUAAGAAUGGAUAUCCCGAUUUGGCAGUUGGUGCGUACAAAUCUGGCCACGCUGUUGUAUUGCGGGGUAAACCUGUCGUGAAGAUGGCACCUCAACUUGUCUCCUAUACACCUAUAUUAGAGAGAUCCACUCGCAGUUUUGUCAUCGGUAUCUGUGCCGAGUAUCAGGGAAAGAAGGCACCGGAAUUUCAAGAGUUCAGGGUCGAGAUCGUAGCGGAUGAAGAAUACAUGCGUAUUGAAAACGAUGAAUCCGUGAAGUUUUUUACAGCCCCGUUCACGCGUGAUGAGAUAUCCUGCGUCAACAAAACGCUUCAUCUCAGGAGGAGCUCCCAAAAUUUUGUCGAACCAAUCGUCAUUCGCGGAAGGUUCAGCAUCAGCAAAAAAAGUAAAGAGGGGGAUAAAUUCUGCUCACGUUGUCCUGUUCCGAACAAGGGGCAGUUGCUGGAAGAAGCGGAAUUGUUAAUACCUUUCAAUACCGGAUGUGAAGGCGGCAAAGUGUGCCACUCAAAUUUAUCAAUCAGCUGGUUUGCUACAGGUGUUAGCAACAAUGAUCAAUGGGCUGUGGGAUCGGGAGACGUAAGUAUUGAUAUCCUAGUAACGAACAACGGAGAGCCAGCGUUUCGAACGAAUAUAACGAUCAAAAUGCCACCGGGAGUUGGUCUUCGGAAAGGUAUACCAUCCUGCUUGGAGACUAAAGAGAGAAAUUGCGUAAUUCUGGAAUGUGACAUCGGCAACCCUGUUUCCAAAGGGGAUCCGAAAUCAUUAGCCGUCGAUCUCGAUAUGGAGGGAAUCGCAAGUUCGGCUGGAGGGACGAUUUUGCCUUUUACCGUUACUACGAAAACAUUGAGCGUUAAUCACGGCGAAAAUGAAAGUGUUUUCUAUUUGCGACUCGAAAACAGAGCUCACAUAACGCUGAUGGGGGUGGCUAACGAACAAAACCACGAAUAUGAAAAGAAAGGGAAUAAUUCGAAGCUUUCUAUUCGGCACACCUACCAACUUAUAAAAAUAGGACCAUCGUCACUACCGAAAGUACACUUUGCGGUCGACGUACCCGUCGCCAUUACAGAGAAAAACGUUUCCAUUGUGGACAUUCACCUUCCAGAGCUGGAUAGUUCUGGAAACAUGCAAGAAUGCUUGAUCGUCGACACUGUGACAUAUAAGAAAACCAUUCUGCCAAACCUAUUACAUUCUCUGCGGCUGACGAAGACUCGCGGAGCUCCUGAGCUGAACGUGGAGGAAAAGGUGGAAGAGCCAGAAGUCGGUGCAAAAGAUGAAGAAGAAAUACACCGUGGAGAGAGAAAAAAUGGAACGCUUCUGGAGGGAAAGACUAGCAUUGACGGUCAAGGCACCGAUCGAACGAUUUAUGUCAAUUGUUCAACAGCGGGCAUAACGUGCCACACAGUAAUGUGUGAUUUCAACAUAUCAAAAACGUCUGGAGACGUAGGAAAUUCGAUCCUGGAUAUGAUGUUUGACGUACAACCAUUAUUCACAUCGGACGAGAGUUUCUUCCUUGUAAACUUCAGCACCGACGCGCGAGCACUAAUCCUUGAACCGACAUCAUUAGUCACGAUGAAUGGUUCGCGCUUUGUGGAAGCUAAAGCGUCCACGAUACUCUACAAGUUGCCGAAGACUGAGAAAUUGGCGGGUUGGGUUUUACCAGUUUCGUUAUGCCUUGGUCUUUUGAUACUGGUACUUCUGAUCAUCAUUUUGUCGAAAGUUGGCUUCUUCACUAGACCAAAAAAGACACGAAUCGGGAAGGCAAAUUAUAUGGUAAGUGACUUGCAUUUUCUUCGGCGACGUGUCGUAUUUAAAUUUGCACGAGCUUGAUCGUUAUUAAUUAUGUAUCUUCAUGACGU